CCACAAACCAGUGCCAACAACUGCCAUCGCACGUACACAAUCAGUCGAUGAGGAUACCUUGAUGAUGGCCCCUCGGCGGGAAAUACUGGACUCAGAGGACGAUGGCAGCGACUUUGGUGAUAACCCUAUUGAAGAACCUGCAGAGGCAGGUGCAAACCACGAAAUACCCCGCGAUGAAGCCCAAAACACGCUCAACGCGUCGCACAAUGUCAGUGGCGACUCAACGGAUCUGUCCUUUUUUCAGCAAAUUUACGACCAGCAGCAAGCCGCUGCCGAUGGACAGGAUCUAGUUCACGACACAACUCGCCUCGGAGCCUCUGGCUCUGCAUGGACUGACGUGUCCUCAGCUCCACCACCUGGACAGAAGCCACGGCCGAGUGACAUUUCGUCGCUCACCCCUGUCACGGAUCCGGUGCCGCCAACUCGGAGGUCGAAGAGGUCCAGAGAAGUCCAACAGCCGGAGCUGAUCGAUCUGACGGACAUGGUGACGCCACGAAAAGAAGCUGCCAGCGGGGCCAGCGAUGUGUGGAACUUGCCAAGCUCAGCCGCGUCGCAAAGAAAUACGAGGACAUACGGGAAGCGGAAGAGCGGGGGGCAGCAGUCCAGUCCCCAACCGGUAGCAACAUCUGACAUGCCGUCUACCGAGGAUCCAUAUUCCUUCCCAGAUGCGACGCCGCGAGCCAGAAAAAAGGCAAAACGUGGCACACCCCCCAGCUCCGCUAGUCCCGUGUUGCUGGUGCCCACGGGCGAGGCCGAAGGCUCCAGCAGACGGACACUGAGAAGACGAGGAAGGGAUGAUGACGCUAGUCUUGACUCAAACAUGCUCGGUGCCAACACAUCGCUAUAUAUCGCUCAAAGUGCCCUCACGGCGAGCCAGAAGCAGGAGUAUCGGAUGGUCAGUCAGUCAUCUGACGCUCAGCCAGAUACUGUUGAGCAGUCAUUGCCCACCCAGCAGUUCGUGGUGGGAGAGAUACACAAAUCCAGCGGCGCUACGACAAUUGCUUAUCCGACUCCUAGCCGUGUCGUUUCGUCUAGGCUGGCUUCGACAGAUAUGUUUGGUGAUGAUGUUGCCGCCACGGCACUCUCGGUUCAAGAGGCUAACAUUCAGCAAUCUUCGCCAGAUGUGUUGACAGAUAUGUCCGCCCUCAAGGCCACCAGGACCAAGAGGAGUCGGGCGAAGGUUGCGUCUUCGGCAGGCUUCUCCGAAUGUGACCCGCCCGUCUCUGCACGCAAGUCCAAGAAAAGGAAGAUUACCCAAUCAGCAGAUGACUUGCAGGAAAAGGAUCCGUUGGAGGGCAUCGGGGGGACUGAUGACUCGCUACUCCAUGGAAAAGAGGCCGGGCAUGCUACUGUUGAGAAGCAAGACAUUGAGUCAAACGAUCAGGCAUAUACACCGGUGGUUGAGCCGCCCAAUCUUGACUCAGCACCUCCACCUCCCCCGACGCAAAAGAAAAGGGGCCGCAAAAAGAAGGAUAUCAAACCCAGGGAUUCUACCCCUGAGAUUGGCGAUCCGAGUUCGCUGGGGGGAAACAUCCCCGAACCUGCUAUUGAGCAACCAGAGCCAUCAGAGAAGCGAAGGCGCGGUCGCCCGCGCAAGGCCGAGACAUCUAAUCAAGCGCCAUCGGUACCUACUCAGCCAGAACCAGAGCCUUUAGCAGAGGCACGGGCAUUAUCCGAACUACCCCACAACUCGCAGUCAGGUUCACAACCCCAUAAUGUCAAGAGCGAGGGUGGCGACGGCGACGGUAAGGAGAACGGGCCAGCAGCGGCUACUCCCGACGUCGAGACAGUCAAGAUGGCCAAGAUGGCUUCAGACACUAAAGACAAGGGCAAAGAGAAGGCGCCGAAACAGGAUCCCAACCAGAAGCUACAACUUAAAGUGCAAUAUCGCGUAGGGCUUAGCAAAAGGUCACGGAUCGCGCCGCUGCUGAAGUCGUUAAAGAAGCCAUCUUGAUAGAAAUAAGGGUUGAUUUGGGAUGGGAUCGAACGGAAUAGAGGGCAUUUCUUGGGGAUUUCUGGUCUUGAGAGAUGGGAUGGCGAUCGAAUUGCAUUAUGGCGGGUGACAUGAAGGUCAGGUUGCCAAGGCAGGCGUUCAUCCUUUGCACCGUUGCAGAUACCCGUUCGGUUUGCUUCAUUGUCUAUUCCUGGACUGGCUCGCUAUAGUUUUGUUUGCGCAGGAGCCCUUUCCUAAGGUGCAAAAGUCUGGAACUGGCAUGUUCGUCGAUGCCAGUCACAAUUUUGAGGGAGGUGGUCGGAUACUCCGGUGAGACACAAUAAAAAUGCAGCAUUACUAUCAUGAC